AUGUUGCUGUCCUUUCUCCCCCUUCUUCCGCUGGCCACCGCCGCCCUCACCUACCGCGGCGCCGACAUCUCCUCCCUGCUCAUCGAGGAGGAUGCCGGUAUCGCGUACAAGAACCUGAACGGCCAGACGCAGGCGCUCGAGUCGAUCCUCGCCGAUAACGGGGUCAACUCGAUCCGCCAGCGUCUGUGGGUGAACCCCAGCGACGGGUCGUACGAUCUGGACUACAAUCUUAAGCUGGCGAAACGGGCCAAGGCCGCCGGCAUGAGCGUCUACCUCGACCUGCACUACAGCGAUACGUGGGCCGAUCCGAGUCAUCAGACCACCCCGGCCGGCUGGUCGACCGACGACAUCGGCACGCUCGCGUGGCAGGUCUACAACUACACCAAGGAAGUGUGCGACACGUUUGCGGCCAACGACAUCGCGCUGGAGAUGGUGUCGAUCGGCAACGAGAUCCGCAACGGGCUGCUGUGGCCGCUGGGCGCGACGGACAGCUACCCCAACAUCGCGCGGCUGCUGCACUCGGGCGCCUGGGGCGUGAAGGACAGCGCGCUGGCGACCACGCCGCAGAUCCUCCUCCACCUCGAUAACGGCUGGGACUGGGCGGCGCAGAAGUACUUCUACGACACGGUGCUGGCGGCCGGCUCGGAGUUGACCUCGGCCGACUUUGACCUCAUCGGCGUCUCGUACUACCCGUUCUACAACGCCGACGCGACACUGUCCGCGCUGAAGACCAGCCUGGGCAACCUGGCGAGCGCGUACGGGAAGAAGGUGCUGGUUGUCGAGACGAACUGGCCCGUCGCCUGCCCGAACCCGGAAUACCAGUUCCCCGCUGACCUGGCCGACAUCCCGUUCUCCGUGGACGGGCAGUCGACCUUCUUGCGGCGGCUGGGCGAGGUGGUCGCGGGCACGGACGGCGGAGCCGGCGUGUACUACUGGGAGCCGGCGUGGACGAAGAAUGCGGGGUUGGGGUCGAGUUGCCAGGAUAAUCUGCUGGUCGAUUAUAACACCGACCAGGUGCGGGCGAGUAUAAGUGCGCUGGGGGGUAUCUAG